UAAAAUAAACAAAACAAUUGAAGUAUUUGUUUUGCAAAAUUAAUUUUGAUUCCAAAACCCCGAACCAGAAUCACCAUUGUUUCUCUCUUUCUCUCUCUGAAAAGAGGGGUUGAACUUCAAUGGAGAACAGUGAGAUGUUCAGCUCAUCGACGGUGCAACACACUUGGCACGACUUCCUCGACCGGAUGCGUCAACCUUCCGCCGCUGAAUUUGUCAAAGCCAUUAAAAGUUUCAUUGUCUCCUUCUCGAACAAUCCUCCUGAUCCAGAAAAGGAUAGUGCCGCAGUUCAGAAAUUCUUUGCAAAUAUGGAAGUUGCAUUCAGGGCUCAUCCACUUUGGACCGGUUGUUCAGAAGAGGAGCUUGAAAGUGCUGGUGAAGGACUGGAGAAGUAUGUCAUGACAAAAUUAUUUACUCGUGUUUUCGCUUCAUUUCCUGAUGAUGUAAAGACUGAUGAGCAGCUUUCUGAAAAGAUUGCUUUAGUUCAGCAAUUCAUCCGCCCGGAAAAUCUGGAUAUCAUGCCAACCUUUCAAAACGAGUCAUCAUGGCUGCUUGCGCAAAAAGAGCUGCAAAAGAUUAAUAUGUACAAGGCACCUAGGGAAAAGCUUGCAUGUAUUCUAAAUUGUUGCAAAGUCAUAACAAAUUUGUUACACAAUGCUGCUGUCACUGCAAACGAGAAUACUCCAGGAGCUGACGAAUUUCUUCCGGUUCUUAUUUAUGUCACUAUAAAGGCAAACCCUCCUCAACUGCAUUUAAAUCUGCAAUACAUACAGCGUUAUAGACGUGAGUCUCGAUUGGUGUCAGAAACAGCCUACUACUUCACAAACAUUCUUUCAGCUGUAUCCUUCAUCUCAAACAUUGAUGCGCAAUCCAUUUCAAUGGAUGAAAAUGAAUUUGAAAGGAACAUGGAGUCCGCUCAAGCACUUCUAUCAGGUCUGACAACUGAUUUUCAGACUACACCAAAUGCUGUUGACAACAACACUUCAAGUUCAAAACCCCCCAUGGAAGAGUUUCAGCAAACUUUGCCUUCUAAUGAAAAUGACUCCACCAAACAACCCAACCCACCCAACCCAACCCAACCCGAACCCAACCCAAUGACAAAAAACAUGUCAAUUUCAGAUUUGGAGGAGAAAGGUGCAACUACGAUUUUGAAAGAGGAUCGUAGUAUAAACAAUGUUUUUCAGGAGUUUCCUUACGUAUUUGCUAGUGUUGGGGAUCUGACGUUGCGUGAUGUUGGAGACUUACUGAAUAACUAUAAACAGCUUGUAUUCAAGUAUGUUUGCCUUGCUAAAGGAUUGGGUGUUACACCGUCACUUUCAACUUCUUCAGUUUCACAAGUUCAAGAUCAGAGCCUGGUUGAAAAAACUACGGAAGGAUCUGAACCUAAGAGAGAAACAGAAACAGAAACUGAUGAACAACUGUGUAGAAAACAGGAUAGCUCAAAAACUGACACGGGAAUUUCUGAAUCCAAGUCACCGGAAAAAGAAAGUGAUGAAGUUUUGGUUUCACUUAAAGAAGAUGAUUCUGAAGGCAAUCAGGUAGAUAUUGUUGCAACAACAACUAAAGAAUCACAGGAUGAUGUACAAUGAUGAUUCUUUGAUAUACUUGUGAAUUAGUGUCAGGGCCGAGUCGUGUCGUGCCUUGUCAUGCUUUUCCAAAAAACUACGACCCAAGCCCAACCCACGACUUGGUGCUCGUGUUGGGCCAAACUUUUUUCAUGCUGAGGCCUGUCCGACCUACAACCAUCUUUAUCAGCACGUUUACAAAGGCAACUGCUCCAAUACCAAGAAUAUACAUAAUCAAAGCUCAUGGGAGUUGCUACAACAGAGUACCAAUAAACAUUACAAGGCAACAUGGGUACAAGAAAGCCAUACACUUUCUUUUCUUCCCUACUUUUUCGUUCUUUCUUUUUACUUCUUUUUAUUUAAAAUACAAUUUUCGAUUUGAAUAAUUUUGAAAGAAUUCAAUAAUUUAGAUUCUGAAAUCUGAAUUCAUUUUAGUUGAAUUCAGUUCACAAACAUUAAAGAUAACAAAUAAUAAUGUAAGGGGAAAAAGCUAAAGAAACACAAGUCAUGCUCGAUUGUAUAAGCUGUCCAUAUUCAACCUACACGAGGUUUCGUUCAUCGUCUUGUUACAUGUUUUGUUUAUAAACUUCUGUCUUCAUUCAUUUGUCUGAUUUCCAUGAUUCUUUAUUGUAUUAUUUCUUUCUUAA